AUGUCUCUAUCGAAACCCUCUCUGCGCAGCAUCCUUUUCGGCAUGCUUGCCGCAGCUCCGGUCGCCUCCGCACAUAGUUGGAUUGAGCAGAUGUUGAUCAUUGCUCCGAAUGGUACCCUUGCUGGUGUCCCAGGUUUCGCUCGGGGGAAUGUUCUACGCCAAAACAAUGUCUCUCCCGACGAGGCGAUGGUCAACCUCAUUCCACCAAACGGUCGUCAAAAUUCAGUCCUUCCGACAGAUUUGAUGUGCAGAGCUAGCCAGACAUCUCAGACCCAGACCGAUGGAAGUCCCAGACUGCAAGCCGUUCCUGGAUCCGCAGUUGCUUUGCGAUAUCAGGAGAAUGGCCAUGUUACCAUGCCAGGGACCCAACCAGGCAAACCCGACAAUCGAGGAACAAUCUAUGUCUAUGGUACUACCGAUCCCAGCCCUGAUGACGCUCUCCUGGCCAUCCACCGUGUCUGGACUCCUGAUGGAAAAGGCGGUGAUGGUCGCGGGGUCCUGCUGUCGACGCAGAACUUCGACGAUGGCCAGUGUUACCAGAUCAAUGGGUCGCCCCUUUCCGCACAGCGCCAGGUCACGUACGCUCACGCAGCAGAACAAUUGAUGGGUCGCGACUUGUGGUGCCAAACUGAUAUCCAGAUCCCCUUGGAUGCGCCGACUGGCAAACCUUACACCCUGUAUUGGGUCUGGGAUUGGCCAACUUUGCCUGGAGGUGACCCUAGUCUUCCUAAUGGUAAACAAGAAAUCUACACCACCUGCAUGGAUGUCGACAUUGUUGCCGAUAUCGGCAUCGAUCCUUAUUCCAAGGGCCAGGCCAGUUAUGUUCCCGGUCAAAGUUAUGACAUGGCUGCUGUUUCUGCCCAAUUCGCGGAGCUCACCAAUCCAACUGCUGUGACGGGUUCCACAAUUGCGUUUGGUGCAACCGCAACAGGUCCUGUACCUGGAGGUGCCAGCGAAGCUAGUGUCUCCGCUGCUACCGUCAUCAGUACAGGUAUCCCCGACUUCUUGACUGUGCACACCGGCUCAACUGCCGGUCCUGGAUUGGAAACACAGACUUUUAGUGUCGUACCAAUGGCUGCCACCGAUGUUCCAGGUGCAGCGCCAACACCACCCGGUAAUUCUGGUCCAGGCCGCGGCUCCGGUGGAGGUCGUGGUGGCAAUGGCAAUGGAAACGCCCAGUUCCAGGUUGCCACUGAGACGGAAUGGGAGUCGGUCACUGAGACGGUUCUUCAGACUGUCUACCUGACCAAGUACACGAAGCGUGAUCAAGGUGAGUCCUAUGCAUCCCCUACUGCUCAAUCAGCCCCUACACCCUAUUUGGGACGUGGACAUGGAGAAAUGCCCUUCGCACCUCAACUUUUCAACACGACUGGUCAUGAAUUGGGAUCUGGAGUACCUCCCUUUCAACCGUUCAAUGGCGAUGGCCCAGUGACUGGACGUGCAGGGGUUGGUGGCCAACAACCCAGUUUUGCCCCUGGCGAAUCUCAUUCAGUCUUCCGCUGGGAUCAUCCUUGCCGCAACUUCAACCACACCAACAACCCUGGGCAGUUCAACCAAACAACGUGCAAUGGCACAUCUGGCUACCAGAAUCACCACAAUGGAAGUCACUCUGGAUUGCCGAUGCGGCCGAAUCUCAGUCUGUCAGCUUCUACAACCUCUCCAAUCCCAUCACCGACAAUUGGACCACUCCUGACACUACCAGAUGGAGUGGUUCUCACUAUGCCGACUCCAGGCGGUUCUAUCAUGACAAUGCCAGGUGGGAGCAUCAUGACAAUGCCUAUCCCUGGGAGGGUCGACAGCACUUCACCGAGUACCUUUGGCCCCGCAGCCACAGCUGUAGUCUCGGACUCGACAGAUUCGGAUUCAGAUUCGGACAGGGCGACGACCACGAAGGUGAUUGUGGCGACCGUCACAACAAUCGUGACUGCAAUUUCUCUGACUACCAUCGACGCGUCUCCCUUGAAUGACCCUGGCACCGCUACCGGUUCGACAUCCACAUCCACAUCCGCGUCUACGUCCAGCACGGAAAUCGACACAGGUGUUGUUUCCGUCGUUCCAUUUCCACCCAUGGCAUCAUCAAUGUCAACAACAAUGUCCUCGUCGUCGAACACUUUGAGUUCUAGUACUUUCGGACCAGACGCGCUAACAGUAUUCCCAGUCUCAGAACCCACCGUUGCGCCGACAUCGACUGCCCACGCUGCAUUCAAGCUCCGCGCAAGAAACCCCUUUGUAUGGAUCUGGGGCAGCAGCAUCGAUGCCGCCGGACCAACCCCAACUUCAUCUUCCUAA